AGACCAAAUAUAUAUGUUCAUCGAUACCAAGUCUUACGAUGAUCGUGACGAACUCGGAAGAAGUCUGCUACCCUCUUUCAUGUACAAGUUUUGAACUGAACAGGAUGAGAUCUUGGAAUGAAGGCACUACCAGAUGGAGUGGUUGGAAUGCACCUAUGACAACAAAGAGCUUCCUAUGAUAGGUAACUUGCAAACAUUUGUCCUUAUAUUUGGAAGAGUCAAGGAACAAUAGUAAGAACAAUAAAAGGCAAGUGCCCCUAGCUAGGUGAAUACGCCUUUUGGGAGGAAGGGAGGGUAUUUAAUAGAAAGUGACAGACACACAAGUUAUAGCACAUUUUCUGUCAAGUCUUUUUCAAACGGGGUCCUCGAAUAAUGUUGCGUUGAAUAUGAAAUUGCUGGACAACUUGUACCUUUACGAGGGCUGGAAGGCGAUGGCGUUCUCUGCCUGCCUCUUGCCCUUCCUGGUAUCUUACCUUGUUACCACAAUUAAAUCUGUCAUUGCUGUGCGCAGUAAAAAUAAUGACAAAUCGCCCGCUAUUGAUCCAUCAGCGGAUUUUAUAUUUGGAAACCUUUUAGCCUUUUCGUUUGACACUCGUGGAUAUAUGGCACAUCUCAUGUGAGUAUAUGGCGAUUCAUCCAUGGCCAUCUGGGUUUGCUCAUAAAUGCGAUCAGAGAACGGUUCGGUCCUCAUGUACCUGUUCGAAUAAGAGUAGCCUCCGAUAGCUUUUAUUUUGUUUCAGGGCCUGAAUAUAUUCUCAAAUUGUUCCGCGGUUCUCGGGAUCUUACUGCCAUUCCUGCCAUGGCAGCUAUCGUGGAACGAAUAUUCGGCGCUCCCCCUGAAGCCAGUUCUGUGCUUUUAGACGAUAACACUGGAACCUCACCAAAGCCAUUGCUAGAUAGCAACCCUUUGCCUGGAGACCAGCGUUACCACCAUAUUUCACACCAUGCAUAUACUGAUAACCUUACUGGUGUGAGGUUGGCAGAAGUAGUAGCUCGGUUUCUAACGAAUCUUGGCACAGAAUUGGAUAAAAUUGGUGUGGUAACGAACGAAUGGCUGGAUAUUCCGGAUCUGUACUCCUUCAUACAAAAUGCAGUAUUCAAUGCUAACACGCUUGCACUUUGUGGGUCCCAUAUAUUUGAAGUCAAUCCUACAUUCACCGAGGACUUUUGGAACUUUGAUUCUCAGGUUGGAGGACCGCUGAAGGGUAUUCCAAGAUUUUUCAUACCCGACGCAUACAGAAUAAGAGAUAAAAUGGUCAAGAGUAUUCUUGAAUGGCAUCGAUCAGCAGAAGCACAUCUCGAUCAUAGCGACAAGGAACUUGAUAAGACGUCAUGGGAGCCUUAUUAUGGCUCAAGGCUUUUCCGAAACCGAGCACGCCAUCUUUCUAAGAUCAAUGGCUUCGGUGAUCAAGCUCGUGCGGCUAAUGAUCUGGGCUUGAUAUGGGGUGCAAAUUCCAAUAGUAUUCCAGCAAUUGCUUGGUGUAUUCUAGAUAUUAUUUGUCGUCCGGAUCUUCUCUCACAAGUCCAAGCUGAACUUGCUUCGAUUGAAAAACUACAUCCAACUGCAAAUUUCGACCAACGAAUGCCUGAUCUUCUAUCGAACCUCCUGCUCCAAUCAAUUUAUUGCGAGGAACUGAGAUUGCGAAAUGCUGCGGCGCUUCAACGUAGUACUGUCUCCUCCAACUUCAAGCUAGGUCCGUGGAAAUUUCCCAAAGAAGCCAUGAUUCUAGCAAGUAUCUGGUUUGCGGGUCAUGACAAGAACGUCUGGAACGAAGGCGCAAACGGAGAGCAUGAUGUUGAUAGUUUUUGGCCCGAACGUUUCAUUCUUUACCCCAAUAAUCCAUACAGCGGCCCAAGAAAAUCGGAUUCAGGUAAACAUCCAUCUGAAAAAAUCGCAAAACCUAAACUCACCACGGACACGGUCAGCGGCUCCUGGAUCCCUUAUGGAGGUGGUCAGCAAAUUUGCCCAGGUCGAUUUUAUGCAAAGCAAGAAUCUAUCGGAAGUAUAGCGAUGUUUUUGUCAAAAUUCGAGAUUGAGUUGACUGGCAAUAAAAAUCCUGAGCCGGACUUCAAGUACUUCUCAUUAGGGGUUUUACCGCCCAAGGGCAAGUUCCCAGCGAGAUUACGAAGAAGGCUUGGGAAGGUUGCCGAGUGAGUGAUGUCAUAUUAUACAUUUUAUUUUUGUAAUGAUAUCUUUUUUCGGUGCCCUCUAGUUGGCUUCA